UUUGUAGGCAAACACCGAUCCACUCGUCCGAGCGGCUAAAAAGAGGGGAGGCAUCACACCCACCAUUUCUGCUUGGAGUCCGUAUCACUCGAACGGGUCACGACUGCCAGACACCAUGCAGCGCUUCCAGACUGCUCUCCGCAACAAGAACGUAUGGCAGCGUGCGGCCGUCUUUGACGUGCACCACGCCGGCGCCGCGGCCCGCCGUGAGGCUUCGAUGGCCAUGUCGGCCCGCAGCUUCAGCUCGCUGCCCGACCACGAGGUCGUGGGGCUGCCGGCUCUGUCUCCCACCAUGGAGGUUGGCACCAUUGCCAAGUGGAACAAGCAGGAGGGCGACCAGAUUUCGGCCGGUGACGUUGUGUGUGAGGUGGAGACGGACAAGGCCGUCGUCGACUACGAGGCCACUGACGACUCGUACCUGGCCAAGAUCUUAGUGCAGGCCGGCUCAGGCGAGAUCGCCGUGGGCCAGCCUAUCUUCGUCACUGUAAUGGAGGAGGAGGACGUGGCCGCCUUCAAGGACUUUUCGGCCGACGCUGCUCCCGCUGUGGAGGCCGCUCCGGCCACGCCCGCCGUUGAGGCCGCCCCUGCUGCUGCUGCUCCGGCCACUCCGGCCCCGGCUGCUUCUACUCCUGCUGCUGCUCCCGCUUCGGGCCGUGUGUUCGCCAGCCCUCUGGCCAAGAAGGUGGCUCGUGAGUCUGGCGCUGUGCUGUCUGUGAUUAAUGGUUCGGGCCCCAACGGCCGUAUUGUCAAGGCCGACGUGGACGCCGCUCUGGCCGCCGGCACCGCCGCUCCGGCCGAGACUGCGGAGGCCGCGGCCCCUGCUGCUGCUCCUGCUGCUACGCCGACCGCCACCGCCAACUACACGGACUACCCGAUCAGCCCGGAGGCCCAGGCCAUCGCCCAGCAGUUCACGCAGCAGAAGCUGGACGUGCCGCACUACCACUUGUCGACCAACCUGACGCUCGACAAGCUCCUGGACGCGCGUGCCCGUCUGAACGCCGGCCGUGGCGAGGACGAGCAGCUGUCGGUGAACGACUUCAUCGUGCGCGCCGCUUCGCUGGCCAUGCGCAAGGUGCCGGACGCCAACUCGAGCUGGAAGGGCUCGUUCAUCCGUCAGUUCAAAGACGUGAACGUCAACCUGAUGGUGUCCACGUCGGCUGGUGGCGUUGUGGCCCCCGUGCUGAACCAGGUGAACCGCAAGGGUCUGGACGACAUUAGCAAGGAGACUCAGGUUGCCGUGGCCAAGGCUAACGACGGUGAGUUCGAGCCGGCCGACCUGGCCAACGGCACGUUUACCAUCUCCAACGUGGGCCAGUUCGACGUGCAGUCGCUGGCCGGCAUCGUGCGUCCGGACCAGGCCUGUCUUCUGGGUCUGGGCACGAUCGAGAAGAAGGUGGUGCCGAACGACGACCCCAACGCUGAGCAGAUUUAUAAGUACGCGCAGGUGAUGACCGCCACGCUUGCUUGCGACCACCGCGUCAUUGACGGCGCUGUCGGUGCACAGUGGCUGGCUUCCUUUAAGGAGCUGGUGGAGGACCCGCUUAAGAUGAUCCUGUAAGUGGCGCAAAAUCGAAACACCGUGAAGCCGCCAGUAAGCGAGUAAGUGAUCGAAGGUGUUUGGUUUCAUGGUGAUUCCAUACCGACCUGAACGGCGCUGAACUACUUGGUGUUUUCGUGGUCGUGCAAUCCUGUUUUAUCUUUGCUGGCCACGGCGUAUUGGCGCCCUGAUCGGACUGUAGCAAGCUCCAGUACAACAUGCAACUGGAGCGAUAGAUUGAGAUGGAGGGAGUUGGUAAAGAAGAAAAAAACAUCCUUUGGCCAUGCUCUGCUUUGGAC